GUUCAUUGUUUCUGGUGGCAAUGAUUCAUGCAUUUCGUGUUAGUUCGUCUUCUCUGGUUGAUAGGAUCUCCUCCCCUUUGGGUCAUUUUUCUUCUUAUCGUUACCGAUGGAUAUUAGUGUUUGUCCCUAUUCUGUUUCUAUUACUCAUUGGGGGAUGUCUCGGAAGGCCUUUCUAUCCUCUUCCGAGCAAAAUGGCCGUGAAUGAUAGACAACAGUUACAAACAUCCCGCCCCUACAAUAUUGCACAUCGAGGUUCAAAUGGGGAGAUUCCUGAGGAAACUUCUGCAGCAUACAUGAGAGCUAUUGAAGAAGGUGCUGAUUUCAUAGAAACAGAUAUCCUCUCUUCAAAAGAUGGUGUCCUUAUUUGCUUUCAUGAUGUAAUCCUUGAUGACACUACUGAUAUCGCAAGCCAUAAAGAGUUUGCUGAUCGUAAACGGACCUAUGAGGUCCAAGGAGUGAACACAACCGGAUUUUUCACUGUUGAUUUCACACUGAAAGAACUAAAAUCAUUACGAGUGAAGCAGAGGUACCCAUUCCGGGAUCAGCAAUACAAUGGAAAGUUCUCAAUUAUUACAUUUGAAGAGUACAUUUCAAUUGCAUUGGAUGCAACGAGAGUUGUCGGUAUAUAUCCUGAGAUUAAAAAUCCAGUGUUGAUAAACGAGCAUGUAAAAUGGGCAGAUGGCAAGAGGUUUGAGGACAAGUUUGUGGAGACUCUCAUAAAGUAUGGAUACAAAGGUUCAUACAUGUCAAAAGAUUGGCUCAAACAACCAGCAUUUAUCCAGUCCUUUGCUCCCACUUCAUUAAUAUAUGUUUCAAAUCUGACGGACUUGCCCAAAAUCUUCUUAAUUGAUGAUGUGACUGUACCAACACAGGACACUAACCAGUCAUAUUGGGAGAUCACUUCAGAUAAGUACCUUCAAUUCAUAAAGGAGUAUGUCGUUGGCAUUGGACCCUGGAAGGAUACAGUUGUCCCAGUGACAAACAAUUAUUUGAUGACACCUACUGAUUUAGUUGCUAGAGCACAUGCUCAUGACCUACAGGUGCACCCCUAUACCUAUAGGAACGAGAACAUGUUCUUGCACUUGAACUUUUAUCAAGAUCCAUAUGAUGAAUAUGAUUACUGGAUAAACAAAAUUGGCGUUGAUGGACUCUUCACAGACUUCACAGGGAGCCUUCAUAAUUUUCAAGAAUGGACAUCUCCCCUCUCUAAGAACGAAAGCAAUGCAUCUGAACUGUUGCACAAAAUUGCAGUGAUGGUUUCAGCGUAUGGAAAAUUAUGAUGGUAAAUAUUUGGGUUUUGCUUUGUGUAACCACGGU